AUGGCUUUUGUGUCCGUGCGUCGGAACGACUACCGUUAUCGCCUGGGAACCAUUCUCAGCGCAGCCACCGCGCUCUUUCUCUUGACGCUCGGCCUACUCCUCAUGCUGAUUGCUCUUGGUUCCGACGUCUGGUCCAAGCAACGCAUUGAGAUUGAUGGGUUUGAGGAUGUGGUUGCCACUCGUGGUCUCUGGACGGCCAGCCUGCAAAACAACUACGGCGCCGAAGUUUGGGUCUACUAUUACAAGGAGGAUGUCAAUGGCUUUGAAAUGGACCCCUUCUGUGGCUCCUCAGCUGCCUCGUCCUUUUAUCUUCAAUACCUGCCGGUUCUGACGACCGAUUUCCAGUCUGGCAACAACUAUCUGCCCCCUGGUGUUUGCUGUGGCACGGGCACCGUCUUUGAUGCCGACCGCAGCGAUGAGACGAACGACUGGUGUGACCUGCGCGACGCAACUCGCGGUCUCAGCAUUGCCUCUGUUGUCUUCAUCGGCCUGGCCUUCCUGAGCAUGUUCUUGGCCCGCUUGACGUUUGGUCCCAUGAUUUUCCUCAGCUUGAUUGGCGCUAUUCUGGGCAUCGCUGCAACGAUCGUCUUUGGUGUGUGGCUCCACCGCGAGGAGGAUGAUGUGGAGGAUCAACAAUUCGACUCUGUGGCGGACGUCGACGCUGCCUAUUCCUACGGGCUUUUCAUCGUCGGCUGGCUGCUGCCUCUGUUGGCUUCCAUCUUCCUCAUUUUCUCCGAGAUUUUCCGCCGCAAGGAUCGUCGUGACUCGGUUGCUGUGCCCCCGGUCGCUGUGCCCCCUCAACCCGCCCAGCCCCAAUUUGCCCAGCACCCAGGCCGCUACCAUCCCAAUGAGGUUGUUGUUGUGCCUCCCAACGAGGCCAACAACCAUACAACUGGCCAGAACUUCACCCCCGGCCGCAAUCAUCCCCGCGAGGAGCAGCUCCUGGCUGGUGACGGCGCUGGCACGAACAACAACUUGCCCGUUGGAGGUCAACCCACAACACAUGCCAACCCCGUCCAGCAGGCCGCUCAUGAUCCCAGCCUCGCUGCCCAUCCCGGGCGCUACGCGCCCACGGCGACCCCUGCGCGAGCGGACAACGUCUAA